CCGGGUGCCAUCCGGCUGAGUCAUGCUGACGGCGCGCACCGUAUAUGACGAGCCCCACCGCACUCGGCGCCCGUCUUCCCAUAUCUCAUCCUUCACCCCAGAACUUGAUCCACCCUCCCUGCACGUAAGCGCCGCGUAUCUAUCCAUGGCCGACAAACGACGAAAGAUUCUGAUCGCCCUCGACGACUCCGAGUCGGCGCGUUAUGCCCUCGCCUGGUCGAUGGAGAACGUCAUUGACUCGACCCGCGACCAUGUCGUCCUGCUGUCUGUGGGAAUCUUCCACGAUCGCUGGAACGAGCUCUUUGUCGCGGCGAUGGGCCCGGCCUAUACUCAAGAAAACCGAGAGCAGCUGGAGAUGCAGGCCGAGGACUUUUCAAGAAAGAUCCUCAAUGAUGCCACCAAAGUCAUCCAGGAACACGCUUCAAAUCUCAACGACGGAGCGAGUAUCUCGCACGAAAUCUUUGCCCUGAAAGGCGGCGAUCCUCGCGACGUCAUUGUCGACUUUUGCCACAACAUGAAUGCAGAUAUGCUCAUUGUCGGAAGCCGCGGCAUGAGCAAUCUUGGCCGGGCCCUGGUCGGCUCGGUGAGCGAAUAUCUGGUGCACCACGCUCCGUGCCCUGUCCUCGUCGUCCGUCCAAGCGGCCAAGCCUGAUGCAGCCGGCGGGCGCAUGACUGCAUGGUCUGCCAAAGCGACGCCACGGAGUUCAAACAGACGGCCGCCAGUGGGUGCGGGGUUUUGGCCUUGCACUUGGUUCUGAUGAUCGAAUACAUCGGGUAUUUGAAACGCA